AUCAUUCCUUCGAUGCAUAUUGAAAUUAUGGUUUCACAAUUAGUUUCUAGUAAGUAGUAAUAAUCUGCAAAGAAGUUGCAAGACAACGUGUUUGAUGAUAGUCAUACGGGGUGAAAGUAACACAAGAACUUAAUAGAAGAUUAUUAAUCUUAAGGCUAUCUCAGCCAAAGGGAUCCGUGGCGCAAUGGUAGCGCGUCUGACUCCAUUUGUAUAGCACACAAACUCUAUCUGAAAGAUAAGCAAUUAAGCUUCUAAACAUUAUAAAAUCCCGUACAGAUGUGCUUCACUAGGAGUGAGAGACAACAGCGAACGGCCAUUUUUUUUUUUUUGCUCAUGUGUUGGUGCCGAUAAGGAUAUCGUAACCGACAGUGAGUGAGAGUAGCGGCGAAGUAAAUGGCCAUGGCUUCGAUAUUUAAGUCUCCACCGUAUGUGCACCGUAACUGCAGUCUUAUUUCGCUUUCUUCUUCCUCGGUGGUCUCGUCAUUCAAUUUUCGUGGAACGACGGUUCGUGUCCGUGGCCGAAGGACGGGGUCUGAAGGAGGUAGGAUCCGAAGCCAGGAAUCAUUUGGUGCUAAAUUGCUGCGGGGGGCGAGUAUUGUGGGCAGGAAAGACACAGGUGAGAAUUUGGGGGAAGAAGAGGAGGAUAGUGAGGAAAGAAACAGAGAUUUCAAUGAAAUGAAAGAAGAAGAAGAAGAAGAAGAAGAAGAGUGGAUCGAUUGGGAGGAACAAAUUUUACAGGAAACAGUGCCUCUCAUCGGCUUCGUUAGAAUGAUUCUUCAUUCUGAUAAAUAUGUAAGUGGAGAUAGACUAAUUCCAGAGCAUGAGAAGAUAAUUGUAGAUAGAUUGCUUCCAUAUCAUCCAGGGGCUGAAAAGAAGAUUGGUUGUGGAAUUGAUUAUAUUACAGUUGGAUAUCACCCAGACUUUGACGGUUCUAGAUGUUUGUUCAUAGUUCGAAAAGAUGGAGAGUUGGUUGACUUUUCUUAUUGGAAAUGCCUUAAAGGCAUGAUCAGGAAGAACUAUCCACUGUAUGCUGACAGCUUCAUUCUCAGGCAUUUCCGCAGAAGGAGACGGUGAAUGAGGAUGCAGUUUUUGGUUUGUCUGCCUUUAACGGAGAUGAUAUUUGAAAGAUGCAGAUAUCAAAUUAAGCUGGAAAGUGGAGUGGCUUUUACUGGGGUAUUCUUGUAGA